UAAUAAUCCGAUGUCAUUACCGCUGCACGAGUGUCGUAAAUCAUAGCUGGCCGUAGAUGCGUCAAAAACUGUCAUUUGUUCACGUUAAAUUUUUGUUUGUGUCAUUUAGUGGUUCCCAUUUACUCCAUUUCGACAUUUUUUUCGCGAUAAAUUCAGGGAUCCAUCUUCGCUCCAACGAAAUUCACCAGUGGCGGAGUUUGUGAAAUUACUCGUGUUGUGCAUUCAGUGAGCGUCGUCGUCGUCGCAGUGUCAGCGCAGCGUCCCCGUCGUCGUCCAAGGUCGCCGCCCCAGGUGGGGGAAGAGCGCCGCGCUAUCUGUCACCGCCCCGCGUGACAUGUCGCCGUCUCCUCGCCGAUCAGUCGGUCCGCGUCCAUAGAGCGAGCCGCGCGUAGUGACCUCGAGUCCAGCGAGAGCAGAAAGUGGUGCGAGCGUGCGCAGCGCAGUGCAGUGUCGUAACCGUGCCGCAGCAGUCCGCUCGCGCUGAUGGACGUCUGAGCAGUGGCAAAAUGGCCGCCGACUCGGGAAUGGAUACGUGCCCGUCGCCAGAGAUCGCCGACUCCAGGAAGCGGCCGCUCGACGGCGACAACGACAGCGGCGACACGAAGCGCUCCCACUUCAGCCCAGGCGGAGAUGGAACGUAUCAUUUCAAGGUCCUGGUGCCGAGCGUGGCGGCUGGCGCCAUCAUCGGCAAGGGUGGCGAGACCAUCGCCCAGCUCCAGAAGGAAACCGGGGCACGAGUCAAGAUGUCCAAAUCGCACGAUUUUUAUCCCGGAACGACCGAACGAGUGUGCCUCAUAACCGGUAGCGUGGACGCAAUUAUGAUAGUAGCAGAUUUCAUAGCCGAAAAGAUCCGAGAGAAGCCCGAUUUGACGAAACCACUAGUCGAAACCGAAAGUAAAUUAAUGCAGGACAGAGACAAGCAAGUCAAGAUAUUAGUGCCGAAUUCGACGGCGGGCAUGAUCAUCGGCAAGGCGGGUAACUACAUUAAGCAGAUUAAAGAGAGCAGCGGUUCUUACGUGCAGAUUUCUCAGAAGGCCAAGGAUGUUAGUUUGCAAGAGAGAUGUAUAACUGUUAUAGGUGAAAAGGAACAAAACAGGCAAGCGUGCCAGAUGAUCUUGAGCAAGAUCGUCGAGGACCCGCAGAGCGGAACGUGCCUGAACGUGUCGUACGCGGACGUCAACGGUCCCGUCGCCAACUACAACCCCACGGGUUCGCCGUUCGCCCAGCAGAACGCCGGCAGCGCGUUCAACGCGUCGACGGCGAGUCUCAACAGCGGGCUCAGCUCGGUUUCUCAAAGCAUCAUGCUCAACGGAGGGCUCAAUCUCAGCCUAAACCUGAACACGCCGGGUCAGAACGUGGGCACGGUGACGGCUCAGCUGUUGGACCACAUCAAAUUGCAACUGCGCAACACCGGCUUUUCCGACUCGCACAUCGUCGAGAUCUGCGCCGCGCUGUCCGUGCUGGCCAAGUACGGCAUCCUGGCGAUGGGCCUGGGUCUGGGCAGCGCCCACACGGGCGCGCUGCCCGUCUCGAGCUACCUGGGCGUGAUGGACCAAGCCAGCGCCGCCACGGCGAACACGGGGGCGGUCUUCGGGCCUAUCGGGGGCCAGGUCAGUUUAGCAGAAUGCCAUUUGGGUACCACGUCCCCAACUCCACGAACCAACCUAGAAAGGUAUGAUUCAACAUUCGAUCCAUUCAGACAUCAAAGUUCACCCGCAACAGCACCCAUCUCAAUCAACAAUAACAGCUUUGGUCUAGGUACAGGUCAACAAAUGGCUGUGCUAAGUAAAAGUCCCACGCCUGCGGAAUUAAAUGGUGCUAAAGACACUAAAAAUGUCGAAAUUGCAGAAGUAAUUGUUGGUGCUAUUUUAGGUCCUGGGGGCCGUUCGUUAGUUGAGAUUCAGCAGCUGAGCGGGGCCAACAUCCAGAUAUCUAAGAAGGGUAUUUUCGCACCGGGAACGCGCAAUAGGAUAGUGACCAUAUCGGGUAGUCCGCAAUCGAUAAACACGGCCCAAUAUCUGAUCGAACAACGCAUCUCUGAGGAAGAACUGAAGAGGGCACGAAACAACGGCCUUGGUACUCUAACCAUGCAGUGAUGGCGUCAAAUCGUUUCAAAUUCACCUAGAUUGUUCAGGUACACGCAACAGAGAUUGUUAAUGUUUUAAAACAAAAAAAAGAAGAAAAAAAACAACGGGCAAAUUCUUUUUAUUUCCAGUUGAAUGUAUAAUAGGGAGGCAUUUUUACUAGUUUGUUGUUGCUAAUUUUUAAAAAAACGAAAGUUAUUUAUGACGAUGACUCAAGGCAAAUUGCGCAAGGCUGUUUAUAUACAAUGUGAACUUUUUAAAAGAUGUAUACCUAUUUACAUUGUUUGUACUGUACCGCGGGUAGUAUGGAAAUUUUUUAUAGUCAAUUCCGUGAAAAUGUGAUGUGAUUUGUUAUUUAUUUUUGUUUUGUUUUUUAUCUUAUUGUAAGGGUAAAUCUUGGAUGGUCGUGUCGUCCCCAUGCAAGGUUCGCCCCUCCGAAAUUUUCGUUGUUCUGUUUGAUGUAAUUACAAAAGUUUAAUUAUAUGAAGCAAAUUUAAGGUAAAUGAUCUGAUUUUACGAGAUUUAGAGUAGUCGUAAUUCUAAUUGAGGAAAAAAUUGUGAUUCUUCAUUCAUUCACAUCAUUAUCAACACUCUGAUGUUUGUACCCAUUCAUUUGCUUUUUUUGUAUAUAAAGUUUAUUUUAUAUAGUUGUUAUGGAGCGGUGCGCGCCGGUGGCGCGCGUUUUGUAGGUUAAUUAAUUAGAGGUGCGUGCGUAUGUGAUUGGUAAUAAUAGCAAGUCAUCCGAGCAAUUCCUAAAUUUUGUACCUGCUGAAGAACCUCAUCAAUAUGACAAGCGACAUUUGGCUGGCCAAAGAGCAUAUUGAAUUUAUUUAGAUGAGAAUAUUUUAACGCAAACAAACAAACAAACAAAAAUAAGAAGAAACUUUUUAAAAAAAAUCGAUCCGUUACCAAUCAUGAGAUUUAUUUUUCGGGGUCUCGGCCGAAAGGCAUGACAUUGUAAAUAGUCAUAGCGUUAGUCAUCUAUACUCACCCAACUCUGCUGUUAUUCCUUCUAUAGAUCUAUAUAUUAUUAUUAAAAGAAUAUAUAUGAAGAUAAAUGUAACUAAAAAUUAUAUAUUGUUGUUAUCGCAUGUUGUUAAUAUUGUUAAUGUUUGGACACUCGCUGCUGAAUAUUUAACAAAGCCGUUGACUAAUCGACUCGCAUGCGUUAACCGUUCAAAAUUUUACUUUUUAGGGUUUAAUUUAGCCGGAUCUAUGCAGGUCAUAGACGCGUGUUUUCACCGAGCGUGGUAAGCUGUGGCAUUCCAUUUAACCGAGAGUAAAACGUACCAUACAAAGAGAUAUCUAUAUAGUUUUGUUACGGAUGUUUUAUUUUUUUAUUUGAUUUUCGAUUGUUGACGGAAUAGUUAAAAUAUUAAGACGCCGUUAACACAGCAUAGUUUCAUUGUCUAAAUGUAUGUGAUCGCCGUAGUUUCAUAAUGUUGAGUCAAAGAUAUUAAUAUUCUCUAAACGAUUGUUCAAGAUUUGUGCGCUUCGUAAAUCAAAGAUGAAAAAAAAAAAAGUAAAUUGGUCUAUAUUUCAUGUUAAAGUCUUUUAGAUAUUUAAGAAUUGUUUCGUUUUAGUUGUUGCUUCUCCACGUUUUAACAUAUGCCUCAUACUUUGAUAUAUAUUGAGAAACUGUUCUAUAUACAACAUUACUGUUGCUGUGAUAUUCACAUCUGUGGGGUUACCUGUCUCAGGCCCUGGUCGCCCGUCGCUCCGCGCGCCGAAACGUGCAAUAUUUAACGUAGUACCGUACGUAUUACUGUCCGUCGCCGGAGCCGUCGGGCGGUCCACCGCUCUCGGGGUAACUGUGAAUUAGCUAGAGAGUUCAUAUGAUAUAUAUAAUACAUUGAGAGAAAUAUAAUAUAGUCGAGUCACGUGGGUGCGUCCCGUGCUUGCCAUCGGUCAAUCUCAUCUGUCACUAUGACAUUAAAAGCAGCCAUCCCCGAUCUAUCCACAGUGCAAAUCAAAGUGACCUUCAUCAAACGUAAACAAUGUUGUGACUAGUCUUCGUUUGUUUUCGUGUGACGUCUUUAAUGUCACGGUGACACAGUGGCGGCUGAGCAGCGCCACCUUCGCUUCUCAUUUUGUUGUAUAUUUUUAUUAUCGCUAUGUUGUAGUGGGCCGUGCUCGCCGCGGACGCCUUCCUCGUCGCCGCGGCGCACGAGAGGCCUACGGUGGGCCGGGCCAGCACGGCGUCCCCUUCUAGCCAUUAUGAUUUUACGAUAUAAGUUAGUCUAGGUGAUUUAGUCAUUUCGUGGUAAGGAUAGCUUAGGUUAUAAGUGAAUCGGGGGCUAAAGGUACCUUAUGACUGUGUGUGUGCGCGCGUGUGGCAACAUCUCCGAGUCCGGCAUAACCGAUCGAGUUACCAUGAGUAUGUCCGCUGCUGCAGUGUUUGUGUUUUGUCGAAAGCCGAUUUAUUCUUUGCUGUAGUAAGGGUUCUGUUGGCCGAUACGUAACGUUAGUUACAGUUGCAUUAGUCAGAAUUGUUUGUACAGUGAUAAUAGUUUACAGUUUUAAGGAGGUGACACGGGUUCUAGUUCUUUCGAAAGCCGCUGUGGCAGCGUCGUCGGGUUCCGGACGGACCCGAGGACGGUGCCGAACAUUUUUUUUUGUUUUUUUCUUUUUUAAUAAGUUAGUCCACAGCAUUGUCAAACACACUAUAAUUCAAUAAAAUCCAUAGUGCCAUA